AUGGCUUCAGUUCGUUCGAUUGCGUCAGCUAAAUCACCUGAUCGCUUAUUGACUAGACGAUUAGCUCGUGUUGCAUCUACUAUAACACCCCUUCCUCCCAAGAAAUUAAGUCUGACAAAAACAACUCCAAUUACAUUAACAACAACAACAAUAAAACGACGAAAAUCAUCUCGAAUGUCUUCAAAGAAAACUUUAACAACAUCGAUUACAUCACCUGGUCGUCUUGAUUCAUUUCCAACUAUUCAAAAUACAUUAGAUAAUAAUAAUGAAUUAAUAAAUAGAAUGGCUUCCACAACACUCAAUGAACUUCCACCUAUUCGGCCAAGUUCAAGAAUAUCAAAUACAAAUUCAACUAUAUCAAGUACACCUACUUUACGCAACCAAUCAGAGUCAACAUUAGAUACUACACAAACUGAAGAACCACAAAAUGGACUUCGCUCUUCAGUUAAUACAAAUGAUACAGUAACAUCAUCAUCAUCAUCAUUAUCAAGAAAAUCUUCUACACAAGAUAUUCAAUUUUCAAUAGAUUCAUUGGCUGUUAUUCGAACAGUUGGUACCGGUACAUUUGGACGAGUACAACUUGUAUUACAUCGGGAAACAAAUACAUACUACGCACUUAAAGUAAUGUGUAUAAAACGUAUUGUUGAAUCAAAACAAGUUGAGCAUGUUCGAAAUGAAAAAAAAGUUUUAACAAUGACUGAUCAUCCGUUUCUUGUACGCCUCCAAUGGACAGCACAUAACAAUACUCUACUUUAUCUUCUAUUGGAAUAUUUACCAGGUGGUGAACUUUUUCAAAUGUUGCGUAAAAGUGAAAAAUUUGAUCCGAAAACAGCUGUAUUUUAUGCUAGUGAAGUUUUACUUGCACUUGAUUACUUACAUCGCUUAGAUAUACUCUAUCGUGAUUUAAAACCGGAAAAUAUUAUAUUAGAUAGCGAAGGUCAUAUUCGUCUAGUCGAUUUUGGUUUUGCUAAAGAAACUAAAGAACGAACAUAUACACUCUGUGGUACUGUUGAUUAUCUUGCACCAGAAGUCAUUCAAAAUCGUGGUCAUCAUAAAGCAUCUGACUGGUGGGCAUUUGGUAUUCUUAUAUUUGAAAUGCUUGCUGGUAUUCCACCAUUUUAUGAUACUGAUCAAUUUCAAAUAUAUCAAAAAAUACUUUCGGGUAAAAUUGAAUUUCCACGUCAUUUUGAUUAUGCAGCUAAACAAGUUAUACGUAAAUUACUUAAUAUUGAUCAAAAUCAACGACUUGGUUCAGCAAGAGAUGGUGGUGAGGAAAUAAAACGUGAGCAAUGGUUUGUUGGUGUUUCAUGGGGAGAUGUUUAUGAUCGAAAAGUAGAACCACCAGUAAAACCAGAAGUUAAAUCACCAGGUGAUACAACAAAUUUUGAUCCAUAUGAUGAAUGCGAUAUGAAAACAAUGCCACAGGCAGCAAGAUAUGAAGUGCAACUAUUCAAAGAUUUUUGA